AUGGCCGGGUCAGGUAGAGAAAGAGGACGUGCUGCGUUUACCUUCAACAUUGAGACUCUCGGCUUUGCUAGAGGUGCAGCUCUGCCUGAUGUCGUGUCUAAGCCUCCACCACCAUUUCCUAGUACAGACAAUAAGCCAGUGCCUCUGAAAACAGGAGAAGAUGAAGAUUACAUGUUGGCCUUAAAACAAGAUCUUAGAGGAACUAUGAAAAAAAUGCCAUAUUUUUUGGCAGUAGAAGAAGAGCGUGAAGCAAUUGAGAGGUACAGUAAAAAGUACCAAGACAGUGAAAAGGAGCAUGCAACAUGGACCCCAGCUUUCUUCUGCAGAAUUGUGAACCAGGUCUUUCAACAGCAGUUGGAGCUGGCAAAAACCUCUCAGCCUCAAAGUAAUCUGGAUGUGCUGAAAAAAAUUGAGGAGUUGGAAAAGAAGGAUGACGAAGAAGAAAAAUCCGAAGAUGAGAAAGACAAACCAAAAGACCAGGAAGGUGAAGAUGAUGAAGAACCAGAAGAACCAGAAGAAUAUGAUGAGGAGGAGCAGGAAGAGGCAAAUGACUACAUUUCUUCAUAUUUUGAAGAUGGAGAUGACUUUGGUGCUGCAAGUGAUGACAAUAUGGAUGAAGCAACAUACUAG